AUGCAGCAGCAGAGCGAACUUGCACUUGACACAGGCAGAGCGAUGGUGGCCAGGCCCAGACUGGGACUGCUGCUUCUGGCACUGCUCUUACCUAUGCAGACUUAUUCAAAUCAAACAACUCUUGUAACACCUUCAAGUACCUCCUCCCAUAAUACCUCAGCCGCUCCCAAUCCAGCGAAUGCCACCACCAAGGCAGACAGUGCUCUGCAAUCAGCAGCCAGUCUCUUCGUGAUCUCAGUCUCCCUUCUACAUCUCUACUGUUAA